AUGUGGCCUACGAGCGCCAUCGAGAUCUGGAUCCAUCAAGUCGAAUACUUCGCUGCACAGGCCUCUCCCUCUUCGCCUCCGACACCUCCGCUGCCGCCGCAUUGCGCACUGCCGCCUACACCGCCGCCCGAUCACGACAGCCAUUGCCGCAAGAGAAAGGUGGAGACGGACAAGAGCGAGCCUCAAAUUGCGACAUAUCAUAAGCGAGCGAGGAUGGCGGAGCGGCGCGCGGAUGAUCCAGACGUCGACGAUGGGGUCUUCACAGAGGCGGGCGCUGAAACGUCGAACACACCACGCGCGUCCUUACAGCGGCAAUAUCCGCUCCAACUCACACAUGCAAUGGGCGAUAACCUGCGGAGUCCUGAGGUAUCGCCUACUCGCCGGUCUCAAGCAACCACGCGCGACGCUUCCUCCCACGCUUCCUCGAAUGCCUCAUCUCGCGCCGAGUCUUCCUCUCAGACAUCCUCCUCCCGCCGUGUGAAGCGAAAACUUAGCCCGAGUGCAACGGCUUCUGCCCGAACGACGAGUCCUUCCAAGAAGAUCGUGGACCGAGAGCACGCGCAGAAUCCUCUCCGAUCUGGACAUAUAUCCAACGUGGACGAGCUACCCCUAGAGUUGCGGGAAUUGGUUGCUCAGAUGGGCAUGAUUGCAGACGGGGAGAAUAUCCUCUCGGGUGCCUUGAGGGAGAAUUUGCGGAAAGAUGUGUCCACCGGCAUGCCGUGGAAGGAUGCCCGCGUAUUCGCCGAUGGGGAGGAAAGGGAGAAGAGAGAUGCGUUGGGGACUGCGCCGGAUCUGGAAGAUAUCAAGGAGAUCGUCGACGAUGCACGCCGUAUGCAUCCUGCAUGCUCGGAGGCAGAUUGGAAUUGCCACGUCCAUCAUCCCUUGAUGAAGUUGGCUCUAAAGAAUUCGCCGCACAGGGGACAGCUGCAAACCCACAACAUGCACGUAAACCACCCCUCCACUCUCCUUCUCAGCUAACCGUGUCCAGAACAACCGCGGCCGUCCUCCCUCACCUGCUCCAGAAGCAACCUCUGAACGACAUCGAUAAGCUCGAGUCCAAAAAGGUCGACUUCUGCCUCGCACUGGAAUUGCCAGACGUCGACAGGACCGUACAGCUCCUCCAUAAACAAAAUCUCUACCCUUUCAACCCGACCGACUACGGCGGCAUCCGCGACAAGCCCAUCGCCAUCAGCAUCGAAACCAAACCUUCGGAGGGCAACUUGGUCGAGGCGGAAAAUCAACUCCACGUCUGGUGUCAGGCGCAUUUCGCUUUUCUACGCCAUGCGGCCUUGCGUGCUGCGGGGACUGCGGAGCGUAACAACGACAACAUCUCUCUGCCUUGUCUUCCUGUUCUCCUCGUCAAGGGACAUGAUUGGUAUUGUCAUUUCAUCGAAUAUCGGAACCCCACGGAGGAUCAGCCGGCUUCUACUGUACGUUCUCUUCCUCUCUUUCCAUCUCUCCGUCUUCAAGCUGACGACCCAUGCAGUUCUUCUGGCGUAUGCCCGUCUCCUUCGGUGGCACGACGGAUGCCCUGCGUACGUAUCAGGUCAUUGCGGGCAUGCAGGUUUUGAUCUACUGGGCGGACGUGAGGUUAAGGUCUUGGUUGAGGGAGAUGGUUUUUGAACCGUUGGAGAGGAUGAGCGGGUGA